AUGCCUAUCAGCUACUGUGUUUCUGCGAAAAAGGCUUCCGUUGUCACUGAGUCGGUAGUUGGCAACUUUACAGGGCAAGACAAUGUUGACUUGAUUGUUGCCCGUGGAAACCGCAUCGAUGUACAACUCGUCACACCAGAAGGGCUCAAGAAUAUUUGUGAGAUCCCCAUCUAUGGACAAGUUUCAACAAUUUCGCUCAUCAAAUUCAGACGUGAGAAACAACAUUCCUUGGUGGUUGUUACGGACAAGUUCAACUUGGCAGUUCUAGGAUAUCGGGAUGGUAAAGUCAUCACACGUGCUGCUGGAAGUAUCGCUGAAUAUAGCGGGAGAAGUGCGGACACCGCAGUCGCCAUGACCAUACAUCGCAGUGGUCUAAUUGCAAUCAUAGGCUACGAAGGAAGUGUGAAAAUGGUUCACUGGGAACCAGGCGCCGACGUCCGUCAUUUCAAUGUUCGAUUUGAUUAUCCAAAUGUCUCUGAUUUCAAAUUUGUCGACACUGGUGAUGAUGAUACAGUCCGGGUUGCAUUCAUCUACGACGAUGAUCACGGCAAGCAUUUGCAGUUCUCUGACCUGAAUAUGCACGACAAGGAAUUUCAUACUUUUUCUAAACAAUCUUGCAUUGCUGCUGAUUCUCAAGUUCUCAUCCCAGUUCCUGCACCAGUUGGAGGAGUAAUCGUGUUAGGAGCAAACUCUGCACUUUACAAAGCAAGUGACGUCAAUGGCGAUGUGGUUCCUUAUUCAUGUUCUCUGCUCAAAAACACUAUUUUCACAUGCCACGGAAUCGUUGAUGCAUCUGGAGACAGAUUCUUGCUUGCUGACACAGAUGGACGACUUCUGAUGCUUCUUCUGAAUAUUGGCGAAGGAAGGUCUGGCACGACAGUUAAAGAAAUGCGUAUUGAAUAUCUUGGUGAAACAUCGGUUGCUGACUCAGUGAACUAUGUGGACAACGGGGUCGUAUUUGUUGGAUCAAGACUCGGAGAUUCACAACUUAUCCGUCUUAUGACUGCACCGAACGGAGGAAGUUAUUCAGUGGUUUUGGAGACGUAUACCAACACCGGACCAAUUCGUGAUAUGGUUCUGGUAGAGUCUGAUGGACAGCCACAACUGGUGACAUGCUCAGGAGCGGACAAGGAUGGAUCACUCCGUGUCAUUCGAAAUGGAAUUGGAAUUGAGGAACUAGCGAGCGUGGAUUUGGCUAAAGUUAUUGGGAUGUUUCCCAUACGCCUUCGAUCUACGACCGAUAAUUUUGUGAUCGUGUCGUUACCUGACGAAACUCACGUUCUCAAAAUCACCGGAGAAGAGCUAGAAGAUGUGCAACUUUUGGAAAUCGAAACGGAGAGAACCACGAUGUAUGCGUCCAGUUUGUUUGGGCCUGAUGAUUCCGAGCUCAUCCUACAAGUGACGGAAGAAGAAAUCCGUUUCAUGUCAUUCCAAAAACAAGUAAAAAUUUGGAGACCGACGAAUGGGGAAUCUGUGUCGAAAGUAUCAGUGAAUGCUAUCCAUGGACAAAUUGUGGUAGCUGCUAGAGACACCGUUUACUAUCUCAAAUGUAUGGUUGACGAAGCAGGCGCGCUUGAUAUACAGAUUGUUGCCGAAAGGAAAUUUGAAGCGGAAAUCGCUUGCCUUGAUAUCUCGAACGAAGGUGAUGAUUACAAAAAACCAGGUACUUUCAUGGUGCUGGCUCUAUGGGGAUCAUUCUCUAUGGAAGUCGUGCAGCUUUCAGAUUUAAAGACGGCUUGCCAAACCAAUCUGCCGUCCAAAAUCGUCCCACGUUCGAUUGUUGCCACUUGCAUUGAAGACGUUCACUAUCUUCUUGUCGCCUUUGGAGAUGGAGCGCUCAUUUACUACGUCUUUGACAUCAAAACAGGAACUCAUGGAGAAGCUAAAAAAUCCAGUGUGGGUACCCGUCCGCCGAGUCUCCAUCGAGUUCGUAAUAAGAACCGUCAACAUCUUUUCGUGUGCUCCGAUCGUCCAGUGAUAAUUUUCUCAGCUAACAAAAAACUCGUCUUCUCAAAUGUGAACGUCAAAGUAGUGAAUACUGUCUGUUCGUUGAGCUCUACUUCUUAUCGUGAUUGUCUUGUCAUAUCAGACGGUAAUUCAAUGGUGUUUGGAACUGUAGACGACAUUCAGAAAAUUCAUAUCCGCUCAAUUCCUAUGGGAGAAUCAGUUAUGCGUAUCGCUUACCAAAAAAGCACAGGAACUUAUGGUGUUUGUUCGUCACGGUCGGAGACUAAGCCUGAGCGAGUUUAUGCAUCGAAGAAUGCUCUUGCGAAUUCACAAAGCAGAGCUAAAAUUGUUGCAACUCGAAAUGAGGUGAAUGACGGGCCACCCGCUUCAACUAGUAGCUUCAUGAUUCUCGAUCAGAACACUUUCCAAGUUCUUCAUGCGCAUGAGUUCGGACCAUUUGAAGCAGCAGUGAGCUGCAUCUCGGGACAGUUUUCUGAUGAUGCGAGACAAUACUACAUCGUCGGAACUGGUCUUAUCUAUCCUGAUGAAUCGGACACAAAGCUAGGUCGAAUCAUUGUCUUCGAAGUCGACGACGUAGAGAGAACGAAAUUGAGACGUGUUCAUGAAUUGGUUGUGCGGGGAAGUCCUCUGGCUCUACGUAUUCUUAAUGGAAAACUGGUUGCCGCUAUCAACAGUUCGGUCAGACUUUUUGAGUGGACUGCAGACAAAGUGCUUCGUCUUGAGUGCAGUAACUUCAAUCACAUAGUAGCUCUCGAUUUGAAAGUGAUGAACGAAGAAGUAGCCGUAGCGGAUUUGAUGAGAUCCGUGUCUCUUCUUUCUUACCGAAUGAUGGAAGGGAAUUUCGAAGAAGUUGCAAAAGAUUGGAAUAGCGAAUGGAUGGUAACUUGUGAGUUUAUCACUGCGGAAUCGAUUCUGGGAGGAGAAGCACAUUUGAACAUGUUCACAGUAGAAGUUGAUAAGAGUCGACCGAUAACAGAUGAUGGUCGAUAUGUACUAGAACCAACUGGAUAUUGGUAUCUAGGUGAACUUCCAAAAGUAAUGGUCAGAGCCUCUCUCGUUGUUCAACCUGAAGACAGCACCAUCGAAUACAGUCAUCCGAUUAUGUUUGGAACAAAUCAAGGAACGAUCGGAAUGUUGGUUCAAAUUGAUGAUAAAUGGAAGAAGUUUUUGGUUUCCAUUGAGAAGGCCAUAUCUGAUUCUGUGAAAAACUGUAUGCAGAUCGAACAUUCCACCUACAGAUCUUUCAUAUUCCAAAAAAGAAUUGAACCCCCAUCUGGUUUCAUUGACGGUGAUCUAGUUGAAUCGAUUCUGGAUAUGGAUAGAUCUGUGGCUAUUGAUAUUUUGAAAAAGGUCUCCGAUAAAGGAUGGGAUGCUAGCCUUCCCAGAGACCCAGUUGAAAUGUUGAAAGUUAUUGAAGAUCUCGCUCGAAUGCAUUAA